AUGGUUGCUAUCGAGCUUCUUCUCGUGGCCCUGGCUGCCUGCGCCAAAGCCACCCCCGUGGCUUCCGCUCCCGCUCCCGACUCGACCCAGUGGACUGGCCUCGACAUUGCCCACGACUCCAUCAACUGGGACGGCAUCGACGCCAACGCCUUUGCCGACCCCGCCAACUGGAGGCAGGACAGCAGCAACGAGACGGCCGUCACCGAGGACGUCUCCCCCGCCCCCGAGAGCGACGUCUCCAUCCUCUCCGGGCCCUGCUCGCAGGGCACCUGCCCCGACUACAAGGCCGCCUUUGACCUCGUCUACACCUUCACCGCCGUGCCCGAGCCCCCGGACGCCAACUGCCCCGGCUGCCCGCCGCUGACCAUCUUCUCGUCCAACUCGGACAUUCGCGUCAACGACUGCAAGAAGUGCCUGCGCCACAAGGUCGGCAGCAGCCUCGGCGGCUCGGUGCCGGGUGGUUGCUACAACUUCAAGACCUGCGGCCGGAGCCAGACCAUCUGCGUCGACCCGGGCAAGCGCCGCGCGCACCGCAUCUGGAAGGACAAAGGCCACAAGACGUGCUACAAGAUGAAGGUUGAGGGCCUGGGAGGCUGCGGCUUUGUCAAGUCCCGCAUCAUCCUCCGACCGACUGGUACGACUGCUUGCAACUGGUAG